AUGUCAAUUCUCUUUAAAAGUUAUGGAUCUUCUGCAUUUAGACAGAAGCUUGUUUUUGGAGGAUUUGCAUUGAAUCCUAAUAAAUCUAACUUAUUUUGGAAUUCGUUGCCACAAAACCAAACUACUUUUCAAAGCAGUCCAUUUGGUUCAUCUACUUCCUUUGGCGCAUCAACCCAAAAUUCAUCUGGUUCUGCUCACUCCCCAGCCUUCAGUGCACCUAUCAGCUCACAUAAUUGUGUUGCAGCUUUUGGAUUUGGGACGGGUGGCGGUGCAUUUGGUGCUGGCGCUCCAAACACUUUGGAACCAUCAAAGGCCUCUGUUUUUGGUGUAUCAAAAGAUUCUUCAUUUGGAGCUUCAAGGAGCCCCACCUUUGGUACAUCAAGCACCACAGGAUUUGGUUUUGGUACCACUCCAACAUUUGGGCAAUCAACUUCAGCUUCUGGUAGCAGCAGCAUUUUUGGAACUGCUCUGUCUUCUUUUGGGGAUCAGAAUUCCUUCUUAGGAGCCCAAUCCACGACACCAACAUUUGGAACUACAGGCUUUGGACAGUCAGCUUUUUGUAGUCAACAUGGAGGAAGUAGAGAAGCAGCUUACACUGCUACUGCUGAAGUACAUGAUGGAAAUAGUGCUGCUAAACUGGAGUCCAUUUCUGCCAUGACCAUUAACAAAGACAAAAGCCAUGAAGAAUUGAGGUGGGAGGACUAUCUGUUUGGAGAUAAAGGCGGUCCCCAUUGCAUGGGUCAAUCUGCAGGUGGGAUUGGUGGUUCCACUGUACAGUCAAGGUCCUUUGAUCCUUCACCUACAUUGGCAACCAAUCACCUGACAAUCCAUUCUAUUCCUCAACCGCUUCAAAUUCACAGUCAACCUGGAGGAAGUAGAGUAGCAGCUUACACUGCAACUGCUGAAGUAGAUGGCGCUGUUAGUACACAACAUGCUGCUAAACUGCACUCCAUUUCAGCUAUGCCCAUUAACAAAGAUAAAAGUCAUGAAGAAUUUAGGUGGGAGGAUUAUCAGUCGGGAGAUAAAGGAGGGCCCCAUCGCAUGAGUCAAUCUGCAGGUGGGAUUGGCAUUGGUGGUUCCACUAUACACUCAAAUCAUAUUUGUCCACCUACGUCAACUUAG